CUAUCAUGUCUUUGCGUAAUUGUUGGGGAGAGCUGAGGUGGCAGAGGGAGGAAGAUAGCAUAAGAUGUUUUUUAGUGCUGAAGAACUACACAUUGAGUCUCAUUUUGUUGGUUAGCCUCACUGUUCUGCAGGAUCUUACCUGGACUUUUUCCAUCAGUCUCUUCUUUUCAUUCACCUGUUUAAUCAUUGUUAUGCUGUCUGUCUGGCUUGUCUUGGUUUCCUGCAUGGAUUUUCUCCUGUACUCUUCAGCAGAGGAGGGUCUGGAGUUUCCCAGUCUCGAUGGAAAGGUCAGAGUUCUUAAUGUCAAUGAGAGGAACUACAAGAAGGCAUUAAAGAAGUAUGACAUGAUGUGUUUGCUGUAUCACGAACCCCUGCCUUCAGAUAGGGAGCUCCAGCAGCAAUUUCACAUGGGGGAGAUGGUUCUGGAGCUUGCUGCUCAAGUUCUCGAAGACAAGGAUAUUGGUUUUGGAUUGGUAGACUCAUAUAAAGAUGCUAAAGUUGCCAAAAAGCUUGGACUGGAGGAGGAAGGAAGCAUCUAUGUGUUUAAGGAUGAAAGAGUGAUCGAGUUUGAUGGAGAGCUCUCUGCAGAUACACUGGUUGAAUUCCUGCUAGAUCUGCUUGAGGACCCAGUGGAGUUGAUCAGUAAUCCCAUGGAACAACGUGCCUUUGAGCGAAUGGAUGAAGACAUACGCCUAAUCGGCUACUUUAAGGGGGAAGACUCUGAACAUUAUAAGGCUUUUCUGGUGACUGCAGAGAGGUUCCAACCAUAUGUGAAGUUUUUUGCCACUUUUGACAAAGGGGUGGCUAAACAGCUGACACUAAAAAUGAAUGAAAUCGAUUUCUAUGAGCCCUUCAUGGACGAGCCUGUGACCAUUCCUGGCAAACCCAACACAGAGGAGGAGAUAGUGGAUUUUGUUAAUCAACACAGAAGGCCUACUCUGAGGAAGCUUCGUGCUGAGGACAUGUUUGAGACUUGGGAGGAUGACAUGGACGGAAUACACAUUGUGGCCUUUGCUGAGGAGGAGGAUCCAGACGGUUAUGAAUUCCUGGAAAUUCUAAAGGAGGUUGCAAGGGACAAUACUAAAAACCCAGAUCUCAGCAUAGUUUGGAUUGAUCCUGAUGAAUUUCCUUUGUUAACUACAUAUUGGGAGAAAACCUUUAAGGUGGACCUUUUCAGACCCCAGAUUGGUGUGGUGAAUGUGACUGAUGCUGACAGUGUGUGGUUGAACAUGCCUAAUGAUGAAGCUUUACCGUCAGCGGAGGAGCUGGAAGACUGGAUAGAGGACGUUCUCUCUGGAAAGGUCAACACUGAGGAUGAUGAUGAUGAUGAUGAUGAUGACGACGACGAUGACAAUGAUAUCAAUGAUGAUAGUAGUGAUGAAGACCAUUAUGGGGAUGAUGAUGAUUAUGAUUAAGUGGUAUAUACAAAAACUACAACAACAUAGUUCUGUAAUGAUCUUGCUGCAGAUUGUAUUGAUUCUGUUAAUUUUAAUGACUGAUGGUUUAUUAAUUACAGAGUUGACUUGAUUAUAAAACUGUCUGCAUUGCCAGCAAGAGACAUUUGAUAAAGCAAAAACCUAAAAACAUAUAAUGACAUAUUAGAAUUCUGGUGCUGUAUAUUCAUCUGGAACUGUAAUAUGGCUACAAAAAAUAAGUUGUUCAAUAGUAUUACUUGUGAAAUUCAUAGGACAUUUGAGAUGUAUCAACAUGUAUUAUUCAGUUAUAUAAUCUGUUUCUAUUAACAUUGCUAAAUGUACCUGUAUUUCAUGUUUGGUGGACAAAUUUGUAAAAAUAAGCUAAAUCUUAAGUUUCUUUCCAGCAAAAACGUAAUAAUAAUAAUAAUAAUACACAUACAUAGAAAAAUAGAACAGUUAAUGUCAUGUAUAUUUAUCCGUACAUAUAUCUUACACAUAAUUACAGACAAAGAUAUGGAAAGAAGUAAAACUUUAGUUGAAAUUUGAUUAAAUCUGAUUAUAUGUCCUUCUGGUGGCAUCCAGCAAUACCCUAAUUUGUAAAAACAAGUUUUCUGUUUGGAUUAGGUUAUAGUAUUUAUAAGUAGCUGUGUAUAAAAAAUACCAGAAGUCUAUGUACUGUCCCUAUUUAAACUACCAGUAAAAUAUUUCUGAACAGUAAGAUGUUUUUAAAGAAGUACAGUAAACUAAACCAUUAUUACGACUAUUAUUAAUAUU